UUUUAAACAUGAAAAAUCGUAGUUUAAGCUUCUGGCAAAAAGGAGAUGUAAAAAUCAAUCAAAAGCCAUGAAAUAGCAAAAUAGAAGAUUCUGGAAGGCGGGAAACGAGACUUUCCAUCCACUCUCCUCGCAAGCUCAUCGGAAGAAGAAGAACCCAGAAACUCUCAGUUAGGAAUAUAAAUACUUUUCCCUUGUGCUUUCUUUGCCCCCAGCUUGAUCGAAAUCAAUUUCUCUGCGCAUUCUUGCGAGCGAAACCCUAGCUUCUUCUUCUCUCUUGAUCGACGAGUUCUGUUUGUAAUUGUCCGGGUUUAAGUUCCGUUGGCGGAGCCAUGGCGGAUGUCCAGAUGGGCGAUGCGGAGACUUUCGCAUUCCAGGCCGAGAUCAACCAGCUUCUCAGCCUGAUCAUCAAUACAUUCUACAGCAACAAAGAGAUCUUUCUUCGAGAACUCAUUAGCAAUGCUUCUGAUGCGUUGGAUAAGAUCCGUUUCGAAAGUUUGACGGACAAGAGCAAGCUUGAUGCGCAGCCAGAGCUCUUCAUUAGGCUUGUCCCUGACAAGGCUAACAAGACUCUUUCGAUCAUUGACAGUGGUAUUGGGAUGACCAAAGCAGAUCUGGUCAACAAUCUGGGGACAAUUGCGAGGUCCGGAACCAAAGAAUUCAUGGAGGCAUUGCAAGCAGGGGCUGAUGUGAGUAUGAUUGGACAGUUUGGUGUGGGGUUCUACUCGGCGUAUCUCGUUGCGGAGAAGGUUAUAGUGACCACCAAGCAUAACGAUGACGAGCAGUACAUUUGGGAGUCACAAGCGGGUGGUUCCUUCACCGUCACCAGGGAUGUUAACGGAGAGCAACUGGGCAGGGGAACUAAGAUCACCCUCUUCCUCAAGGAAGACCAGUUGGAGUACUUGGAAGAGAGGAGGUUGAAGGACCUCGUUAAGAAGCACUCUGAAUUUAUCAGCUACCCCAUCUAUCUCUGGACGGAGAAGACUACCGAGAAGGAGAUCAGCGACGAUGAAGACGAGGAAACCAAAAAAGAAGAGGAAGGGGAUGUCGAAGAUGUUGACGAGGAGAAAGAGACCAAGUCUAAGAAGAAGAAGGUUAAGGAGGUGUCCCACGAGUGGCAGUUGAUCAACAAGCAGAAGCCCAUCUGGCUGCGCAAGCCGGAGGAGAUCACCAAGGAUGAAUACGCUUCCUUCUACAAAAGCCUGACCAACGACUGGGAGGACCACCUUUCUGUCAAGCACUUCUCUGUUGAGGGGCAGCUCGAGUUCAAGGCCAUUCUCUUCGUCCCCAAGAGAGCCCCGUUCGACCUCUUUGACACGAGGAAGAAGAUGAACAAUAUUAAGCUCUACGUCCGCAGGGUUUUCAUCAUGGACAAUUGCGAGGAACUCAUCCCCGAGUACCUCGGAUUUGUGAAGGGUGUUGUCGAUUCUGACGAUCUGCCACUCAACAUCUCUCGUGAAAUGCUUCAACAAAACAAGAUUCUUAAGGUCAUCAGGAAGAAUCUGGUGAAGAAGUGCGUCGAAAUGUUCACCGAGAUAGCAGAGAACAAAGACGACUAUGCCAAGUUCUACGAGGCAUUCUCCAAGAACUUGAAGUUGGGUAUCCAUGAGGACAGCCAAAACAGGGCAAAGCUAGCUGAUCUGCUCAGGUACCACUCUACAAAGAGUGGUGAAGAGAUGACGAGCCUGAAGGACUACGUGACCAGAAUGAAGGAGGGUCAGAAGGAUAUCUAUUACAUUACCGGUGAGAGCAAGAAAGCCGUUGAGAACUCUCCCUUCUUGGAGCGCCUCAAGAAGAAGGGGUAUGAAGUGCUGUUCAUGGUUGAUGCCAUUGAUGAGUAUGCAGUUGGGCAGUUGAAGGAGUAUGAUGGAAAGAAGCUCGUUUCGGCCACCAAGGAAGGGUUGAAACUUGACGAUGAAUCGGAGGAAGAAAAGAAGAAGAAAGAGGAGAAAAAGAAGUCGUUUGAGAACCUCUGCAAGACUAUCAAGGAGAUUUUGGGAGAUAAGGUGGAGAAGGUUGUAGUAUCAGACAGGAUCGUCGAUUCGCCCUGCUGCUUGGUUACAGGCGAGUAUGGAUGGACAGCGAACAUGGAGAGGAUCAUGAAGGCACAAGCAUUGAGGGACAGCAGCAUGAGCUCUUACAUGUCCAGCAAGAAAACAAUGGAGAUAAACCCCGAUAAUGGCAUCAUGGAGGAGCUGAGAAAGAGGGCUGAGGCUGACAAAAACGACAAGUCGGUCAAAGAUCUUGUGCUUUUGCUCUUUGAAACCGCUCUGCUGACUUCCGGGUUCAGCCUCGACGAUCCAAACACCUUUGCUUCGAGAAUUCACAGGAUGCUGAAAUUGGGUCUGAGUAUUGAUGAGGAGGAGACAGGAGCAGAUGACACUGAUAUGCCGCCACUGGAGGAGGAUGGAAACGAGGAGAGCAAGAUGGAGGAAGUCGAUUAGGCCUCUUUACGACAUGACUUGUGGAUAUGCGGGUGUGAUUUUUCUAUAAAAGCAAGCAAUAGAGGUGUGGGUUCAGAGAGCAAUAGGGUAUACAACAUCCUGUUAAUGCAGUGGUUCUCUGUUUUUUGGGUCUAAUUCGGGUCUUCUCUGUCUGUGACUUUUUUGUUCACUUGUUAAACCCCAAAGUCCAAACUUCUAUUUUAUAUAUAGUUUUCCGUUGAUACAGAUUUCUGGACUUCCUUGCAUCCUCCCUAUCGUAAUCUUGCUUAGUAAGACGGGCAUAUUUAUGGUUUCUUGUUCA